AUGGCAAACACAUUCUCUGUCAAGUCCCUGGCCGUAGCGCUCCUCACCAGUCAGAUCUCGUCCUGCGACGCCGCCGUGAUAUCAGUGAGAUCCGAUGUGCCUGCCGGAUAUGUCGCCGCGCCCUACUACCCAGCGCCGUACGGCGGCUGGGCCUCGGACUGGACAGACAGCUAUAGGAGGGCGAAAGCUGUGGUCGAUAAGAUGACGUUGGCUGAAAAGACCAAUAUCACGUCCGGAACUGGCAUCUUCAUGGACUCGGCAACCGGUCUCCGUCAAGCCGACAACGUGACGGUGUUCCCGUCUGGCAUCACGACUGGUGCCACCUUUGACAAGGACUUGAUGUACGCUCGCGGUGUUGCCAUAGGCAAGGAGUUCCGAGGCAAAGGUGCCAAUGUCUACCUAGGACCGAGCGUGGGUCCCAUAGGUCGAAAGCCCCGCGGUGGUCGAAACUGGGAGGGCUUCGGGGCCGAUCCUGCGCUGCAGGGCAAGGCUGCUGCUCUGACGAUCAAGGGUGUUCAGGAGCAGGGCGUCAUCGCCACGAUCAAGCACCUCAUCGGCAACGAGCAGGAGAUGUAUCGCAUGUAUAACCCUCUGCAGCAGGGCUACAGCUCCAACAUUGGGUCUGUAAUGACGGCCUAUAACGCGGUCAACGGUUCGGCAUGCAGCCAGAAUAGCUAUCUCAUCAAUGGAAUCCUGAAAGACGAGCUCGGCUUCCAAGGCUUCGUCAUGAGCGACUGGCUUUCACACAUGUCCGGCGUAGGCAGCGCCCUCGCGGGUCUGGACUUCAACGCCCCCGGUGACCAGCAAGUUCCCCUGACGGGCUACAGCUACUGGAUGUACGAUCUCACCAGGGCGGUGCUGAACGGAUCCGUCCCCGUGGAUCGCAUCAAUGACAUGGCCACCAGGGUAUUGGCGAGCUGGUACCAGAUGGGCCAGGACUCGGGCUUUCCCGCGCUCAACUUCGCGACGGGAACUCGCAACAGGGUGGGAGAUCUAUAUCCUGGAGCCUUCCCCUUCUCCCCCAGCGGCGUCGUCAACGAGAUGGUUCAGGUGCAGGCGGACCACUACCUCGUGGCCAGGCAGAUCGCGCAGGAGGCCAUCACCCUGCUCAAGAACAAUGGCAGCCUUUUGCCCAUCGCUACGUCGGCGUCGAUCAAGGUCUUUGGCACCGAUGCCAUCACGAACCCAGACGGUCCCAACGCUUGUGCCGAUCGAUCCUGCAACAAGGGCCUGCUCGGUAUUGGCUGGGGCUCGGGGACGGUCGACUACGUCUACCUCGACGAUCCCAUCACCGCGUUCAAGAAGAGGGCCAGUAACGUGACGUUCUACAACACCGACUCCUUCCCCUCCGUGCCGGCUCCAACAACGGACGAUGUUGCAUUUGUCUUCAUCACUUCGGACUCUGGGGAGAACCAGUACGUCGUCGAGGGCAACAACGGUGACCGCAGCUCGUCUGGUCUCGACGCCUGGCACAACGGCAACAAGCUAGUUCAGGACGCCGCCGCAAAGUAUUCAAACGUCGUGGUCGUCAUACACUCUGUCGGACCAAUCGUCGUCGACUCGUGGAUCGAUCUCCCUAGCGUCAAGUCCGUUCUGGUCGCCCAUCUCCCCGGCCAGGAGGCAGGCGAGUCCCUCGCCAACAUCGUCUUUGGCGCGGCCUCCCCCUCCGGCCACCUCCCCUACAGCAUGACCAAGAAGGAAUCCGACCUCCCAGACUCCGUGACCCAGCUUGUCGGCGGCUCCCUCGGCCAGCCCCAGGACACCUUCUCCGAGGGCCUGUACAUCGACUACCGCUACCUCAACAAGAACGGCAUCAAGCCGCGCUUCGCCUUUGGCCACGGGCUCAGCUACACCGCCUUCUCCUACACCAGCGCCACCAUCAGCUCCGCGACGGCGCUCACCGCGUCUCCGCCGGCCCGCCCCGCGAAGCAAGGGAUCCUGACAUACACCGCGCCCAUCCCCGACUGGACCGAGGGCGUCGCGCCGUCCGGCUUCAACAAGAUCUUCCGGUACAUUUACUCCUGGUGCACUGAGUCCGAGGCCAAGGACGCCGUCGCCGCCUCCAAGACGGAGACGUACCCGUACCCGGCGGGGUACAGCACGGCGCAGAAGCCCGGUCCCCCCGCCGGCGGCGCGCAGGGCGGCAACCCCGCCCUCUUUGACGUUGUCUUUUCCGUGUCGGUCAAGGUGACCAACACGGGGACCAAGUACUCUGGCAAAGCGUCCGCGCAGGCCUACGUGCAGUUCCCCGGCGGCGGGCCCGAGACGCCGGUGAUUCAGCUGCGCGACUUUGUCAAGACGAAGAGUCUGGCGCCUGGGGAGAGCGCUACCGUGACACUGCAGCUGACGAGGCGGGAUUUGAGCGUGUGGGAUGUGGUUAGCCAGAACUGGAUCGUGCCGAAUCCCACUGGGAGGUAUAAGAUUUGGAUCGGGGAGGCGAGUGACAAGUUGUUCUUGGCUUGUUAUACGGAUACGAAGACGUGUGAGGGUGGACUGGCCAGCCCUGUUUGA